UAUAAUGUGAGAAGUCUGCGUUUAGGCGGUGAGGCGCGAAGCUGGGGAAGCGAUGCCCUGUUCUGCCUGCCAACCCUCCAAUAAACCAGCAGAGACUCAGUUCUAACUCCCAUCAUCCAGGAAGCGCCCGCCUUGAAACUCCUGCAGCGUGCGAGGAUUUUCAGUAACUUUUGGCCCCUCGCGGCCCUUGUAGCGUCCCUAGUUACCGUGCCCCUAGUAACCGCCCACUCCAAGCAGGGAGUCGCCAGGUAGCUAGAGGCCGCGCCAGCUUCCCAGCCCCGGCUCGGCGCGGGCGCUCAGGCCUCGGCGGCGAGCUGAUGGCCGCCUCGCACCCAGCGGCGGAGCUGGAGUCUUCCAGUCUCCAAACCCCGGUAAAUCCCAACACCUGGGUGCGGGUGGCCCAGUACCAACGCGAAGACCCGUUAGAGGCUCUGGCGGCAGCGGCCUUGGAGGAGGAGAAACAGGAAGAGCGGGAGGAGGCGGUGCGGCCGGCGCGGGCGCUGGCUGAUUUUAACACCAAUGUUUCUGGGGUGGAGGAACAAACACAUAUCAGCUGUGAGGACCUCAUGGACUUUUCUGAUAUUUACUACUCCAAUGAAGAAUAUUUCAGGAAACUAGAGGAGCUGAAGGCUGCCCACAUGGAAACUAUGGCAAAGUUAGAGAAAAUGUACCAGAAUAAAUUAAAUUUAAAGGAAGUUCGACCACUGAUCAUCAGGGAAGAACCGUCUAGUGUCUCUUCCACGUCUGUAUCAGAAAAGAACUCCUGUCACCGUGUCUCCUUAGUGACAUCACUUUCAGAGCCUGAUUUGGGUCAUUCUUCCUCCUUGACACUGAGUUCCUCUGAAGAUGAGAUGCCCAACUUAGAAAAGGAAUAUCCUGAGAAAAACAGAAUGAUGACCUAUGCUAAGGAGCUCAUCAACAACAUGUGGACAAAUUUUUCUGUUAGAGAUUAUAUUCAGUGUGAAGAUGGUGACUUCCCAGUGUUUAAAAAAACAAAAAAGAAACCAAAAGAAUGGGUGCCAAAAAUUACAGUACCUGAGCCUUUCCAAAUGAUGAUUAGAGAACAGAAGAAAAAAGAAGAGAACAUGAAAUCUAAAUCAGAUAUUGAAAUAGUACACAAACUACUCAAAAAACAAGAAGAAGAUUCAGAGUGUAAGAAAAAAUUCCGAGCCAAUCCGGUUCCAGCAUUCGUCUUUCUCCCUCUUUAUUAUGACAUAGUCAAGCGAAAUGAAGAACGGAGGAGAACUAUGAAGGAGAAAAACAAAGAAGCUCUUUUGGCCUCACAAAAACCAUUUAAGUUUAUUGCAAGGGAGGAACAGAAACAAGCAAUCCGAGAAAAGCAGCUGAGAGACCUUUUUAAGUCUAAAAAGAAAACAAAUCGAUUUAAAGCCAGACCUAUACCUCGAUCUACUUAUGGUUCAACUACCAGUGACAGGUCAAAAGAAGAAGAGCUCUGUAGAAACACUGGGGCACAGCUGAGAGCCCAGGAGCUUUUAACAGAUUCAUCUCUGCCUUGUAGACCAACUCCCAGAGGUUGUGCUGCAAGGAAGCCCAAGUGUCCUGAACAGGCUGAAAAGUUGGACUAUAAACAGAAGGCUAAGUGCCAGACUGCUGAUUUUGGAAACUUUCCUGGGAAAUGUCAGAAACACCCCUCUGAACAGAAGUGUCCAAAUCUCCUCACUGUCUGUAAACCACCUGAUCUUCAUGCAGCCUCACAUGCAGACACUAAAAGAGAGAACAUUUUGGCAGACAUUGAAGCAGAUGAAGAAAAUUUAAAAGAAACACAUUGGCCUUAUCUGUCUCCAAGGCACAAGUCACCAGUAAGAAGUGCAAGUGUAAAGCGUGUGUCUUGUAACUGCAACCCUCCGAUGCCUACAGUAUCUUCCAGAGGCAGAGAACAAGCCACAAGGAGAUCACUGGAGGAAAAGAAAAUGUUGGAAGAAGAGAGAAAUCGGAUCCUAUCUAAGCAGAAGCAAAGAAUGAAAGGAUUGCAGAAACUCCUGACAACCCGGUCUAAGGCUUAUGACUCCCAUCAAAGUUUAGCUCAAAUGUCUAAAUCCAGAAUAAAAUCUCUCAGAAAGAGUGAAAAGGAAAGGAUGAGAGAGUAUCGACAAGAACUGGAAGAAAGAGAAGAAAAAUUAAAAAACAGGCCACUACUAUUUGAAAGAGUUGCUCAGAAAAAUGCAAGAAUGGCAGCAGAAAAGCAUUAUUCUAACACCCUAAAAGCACUAGGAAUAUCUGAUGAGUUUGUUUUAAAGAAAGGCCAAAGAGGAAAAAUAUUUGAGUCCUUCAGCAAUCAAGAGAUGAAAAGUUUCAAUGAUGAUAAAGAAAGCUUUAAUGAAGAAAAAAUAGAAGAAAGAGAGAAUGGGGAAGAAAAUUGUUUCACUGAGACCAACAGCCAAGAGUCUUGCAAGGAAAAAGAUGAAGCUGAGGAAGAGAGUGGAGAAGAGAAAUCUGAGGAAGAAUAAAACAGAAUCAGCAGGACUUCCUCUCUGUGCCUGCGCUGUUUGCAGCGUCUGGUGUUAGCAGCUGUGCUUGUUGUGUUAACAUGGAUGGAAACCCCUCUGAGGUGUGUAGGGCUCUUGAGCAAAGUCAUCUGUAGCUGAAAAGGCUGAUCCAGCUGAUUGAUCAUUUGGUCAGUUAGAGUAAGGCUUUGCCUAUCAGGAUUUUUAAUUGCUACAUAUGGUCUGUUUGCAACUUUGAUCUUAAUUUGUAUUUUUAAAAAGUGUUUGAGGGGGUGGCCAGUUAGCUGAGUUGGUUAAAGCGUGGUGCUAAUAGCACCAAGGUUGCCAGUUUGAUCCCCACAUGGGCCACUGUGAGCUGUGCCCUCCUUAAAAAAAAAAAAAGUUUGAGAAUCACAACUAUCACAAACUGAUUAGUCAUAAAAAAUAUACAUCAUUGUUUUUCGUGGGAAAAAUUGCUUAGCAUUGAGAGCAGAGAGAAGUAUUGGCCUUUGGUGAUUUGUUUGAAAAAAAUUUUCUGAAUUUUUUAAAGCAUAUUUUAAAACCAUACUAUUUGCCCAUUCUUUUUCUCUGCAAUAUAUCUCACAAAAUGAAUCCUCCAAAUUGUUUUACUAGUUAUUUUAAGUUUCUUAUUUGAGCCAUUUUAAAAAAGUAAUUAAAUAUAGAAAAAAUAGCUUACAUUCAUUUCUGCACUGAGAGUUUACUGUUAAAUUAUCCACACUGUCAUCAGUCUUUCUUUUUAUCUCUAGUUUUAUUCCAAAUUAUUUGUGACAUAUAAACUAUUAGAAAAGUUUUUAUACUCUUGUUUAACCUUGCGUUUUGACAGAUGGAAAUAAUUAGAGCAUCUGAGUUAUAAUCUUAAUAAAUAUCAACCCUGUUUUAUACAUGAUGAAAUUUGUGCAUAAUAACUUGUCCAAGGCAAGUCUCCAAAAUAAUUCAGAUUUAACUCUUUAAUACUAGACCCAGUUGUGCCCAACUUUUCACAUAUUGCAGAACACUUUGUCUUUCUGUGCAUGUUAAUUUGAUUUUAUGAAUCUAUCAUUUUUUCUCUUUAAGAGAUUUUAAAAAUUCAAAUCACGAUGGCUGCCAGCCACUCACACGGCACAGCAGCCCUUCGCAGCCUGUGGCAGGUCACAGCAGCUCUCAGCAGCCCAGCUCCAGGGAGAACCGCUGUUCACAAUCUUAGCUGUAGAGGGCACAGCUCACUGGGCCAUGUGGGGAUCAAACCAGCGACCUUGGUGUUAGGAACAUGGCGCUCCAACCACCUGAGCCACCAGGCCAGCCCCAUUUUCUUUUCUGAAAACAAUCAAACUCCUUUAAAGAGGAUGAACAAAUGAAGGUGUAUAUAAGAGUGGUGUUUCCCAACUGGCAGUUUAUGCUUUAAAUGAAGAAAUCAGGUGAUUUUUCAUAAUCAGGGGCAAAUGUUUACUUGUAAUUCCUUUCCUACAAUUUGUGUUAAAUUAUUUGUCACUAUCAUUAGAUUGUAAACUCCUUGAGAGUUGGCACCAUUUUAAAAUUAAUCUUUGUAUUCCUUUAAUAUUUUGCACAGGAUUAUACGUAUGGUAGGUACUUAAUAAA